AUGGGUGCCGUUGAUUUCGCUACUUUUCACAAUGUCAUUAAUGGCAAGCUGACAACCACGGAUCACAAACGUCGCGGCAUCAAUCCGGCCACAAGAGAGCCAAACCCAGAGGUGCCACUUUCCACCCCCACAGAUGUCGAUUCUGCUGUUGAAGCAGGGCAAAUUGCUUUCAAAUCUUGGUCCAAAACGCCCUGGGUAGAGCGCAAGAAAGCGUUGCUUGCUUUUGCUGAUGCCUUGGAAUCUUACCAAGAACAAUUUCGGAAGCUUCUGGUACAGGAGCAAGGAAAACCUAUGUGGUUAGCUAAAAUUGAAGUUGAAUAUGGUAUCAGAUUUUUGCGAACAACUGCUGAUCUCGAGCUCAAAGAGGAGAUUGUUGAAGAUAAUGAAGAGAGAAAGAUGCUUGUUCGCUACACAGCUCUCGGUGUAGCAAUUGGGAUUGUCCCCUGGAACUUUCCCUUUCAUUUAUCGUUGAUGAAGCUUGCUCCAGCGGUUCUAACCGGAAAUACCAUUAUCCUAAAGCCAUCACCAUUCACUCCUUACUGUAACUUGAAAAUUGGGGAAAUUGCUCAGCAAGUUCUUCCGCCAGGCGUGGUUCAGGUCCUGAGCGGCGAUGAAAGUCUUGGUCCCUGGCUAACGGCCCAUCCUGGUCCAGCAAAAAUUAGUUUCACAGGAUCAUCCGCAACUGGGAAAAAGAUCAUGGAAAGCGCGAGUAAGACACUGAAGCGAGUUACGCUCGAACUUGGCGGAAACGAUCCGGCAAUUAUCUGCGCAGAUGUGGAUAUCGAAACAGUAGCCCCUCAAGUGGCCAUGAAAGCAUUUUUCAAUUCAGGGCAGGUGUGCGUUGCUGUUAAGCGUCUCUUUGUCCACGAAUCUAUAUAUGAGAAUUUUCGAGAUGCGAUUGUUCGUGCCACUCAAGCCUUCAAAGUUGGCGAUGGAAAUGAGCCCGGCGUGGUUUUAGGCCCGAUCCAGAACUCAAUGCAAUUUGAGAGAGUGAAAGGGUUUAUUGCAGACAUAGAGCAGGAGAAGUGGAACGUAGCUCUGGGCGGAAAAGUUGAUACCAGCAAGCCAGGGUAUUUCGUUGAGCCCACUAUCAUUGACAAUCCACCAAUGGAUUCCCGGAUUGUUACCGAGGAGCCAUUUGGGCCCAUUGUUCCUAUGGUAAGCUGGAAAAACGAAGCCGCUGUCAUCAAAUCAGCGAAUGACACCAAAAUGGGCCUUGGAGCGUCCGUAUGGUCAAAUGAUCCGAAACAAGCACGGCGAAUUGCUGACCAGCUAGAAUCUGGCCUUGUUUGGAUUAACACACAUGAGGAAUCUUCCUUCCUGGCGCCGUUUGGUGGGCAUAAAGAAAGCGGCAUUGGAUAUGAAGGCGGCAUUGGUGGCUUGAAGAGCUAUUGCAAUGCGCAAACCCUUGUUGUGAGAAAGAAACCUCAGCAACCCAUAAUGUAA